AUGAAAAUUGUUCCUUUCUUGAAAUCUUUGUCAAGGUCUGUUCAUAAUCAAGAACAACAUGAUCAGCAAGAUGAGCAGGAACUCAAUACUGUUGGGGCUUGCACAACAUUAACAGUGUGGAGAAAAUCACUCCUGAUUAGCUGCAAAGGGUUCACGGUGAUCGAUUCGAACGGAGAUCUUUUUUAUCGGGUCGACAACUACGUCGGGCAUCCUGAGGAAGUCGUUCUCAUGGAUGCCUCUGGAAAAUCCGUCCUCACAAUGCGUCGUCGCAAGAAGCUUAGUCUAGUUGACAGUUGGUUUGUGCACGAAGGAGAAGUGGGUGAUUAUUGUGGAACAAGAACAUCAAAAAGCAGCCCAACGUUUUGCGUGAGGAAGAACAUGAACAUGUUAAACGCCAAUCCCAACACACUUGCUUAUGUAUAUCGAGAGGCAUGGGGUCAUAAAAGAUAUGCAUAUUUGAUUGAAGGUUCUUACACGCAUCGAUCUUGCAAGGUAUUGGAUGAGUAUAGGAAUGCGGUAGCUGAGAUCAAGAGGAAGGAGGCAAAUAUUGGAGGGGUUUCUUAUGGGGUAGAGGUUUUUCAUUUGAUUGUGCAUCCUGGCUUUGAUGCUGGAUUUGCAAUGGCUCUUUAUGCCAUACAAGUCCAGGCGGAAAAAAUAAUGCUUAUGGUGAAGAAGUUUUCUUAG